CCUAAAUCAGUCAGUGAGGAUCGCUCUUUGAGGAACGGCAGGAAACGAAGUGCCUGUGUUAAGCAGCAAGAUGUUCCAUUCACUUACGAUCGUUUCGCUUUUAGCCGGGUACGCUUGCUGGGGAAUAGUUGGGAGUCCCUCGCUUCCUAUCUUCGGAGGCACUGAAGCGCCGCAAGGUGCUGCGCCCUAUCAGGUGUCGUUACAGGAAAGGGGACAUUUUUGCGGUGGAUCGAUCGUUGAUGAGCGCUGGAUACUGACUGCCCGGCAUUGCAUAGCGAAGUACAAUAGACAUCUGCCGAAGAACAUCAGCGUCCUGGUUGGGACGAACGAUAAUAGAAAGGGGGGCACCAAAUACCUUGUCGAUCGUAUCCUUGCUUACGGCAGAAUGAACGCGUCAUCAGCCAAGGAUGAUAUCGCACUGUUACGGCUAGCAUCGCCACUGAAAUUUGGCAAACGGGUACGGAAAAUUAAGUACUCGGCGGCAUUCAUUCCCGACAAUGCUACCCUCACGGUUACCGGCUGGGGCCGUGCCCAAUCAGACGAUCGCCCCAACAAGCUUCAAACGCUCGAGGUACGCCACGUUGCUCUGCAUCGCUGUAGGGCCAUUUAUGCUAAAGAAAUCGCAAGCAACUGGACAUCGAUCGGUGAAGAAAAUCUGUGCACUGUUUCCCGCAAAAAAGGGCUAGGAACUUGUCAUGGUGAUUCCGGCAGUCCGAUGGUAUGGAAGGGACAGCAGGUUGCCCUAGUUAGCCGCAAUAUGGUAAAUAAAGGCUGCGCAUCGGGAUAUCCUCAUAUUGAAACACGCGUUGCGUUCUAUCACGACUGGAUUCGGAAGACGAUUGCUAACAACAGUGAUUAAUGGGGCGAAAGAGAGAGAGAGAGCAGAUUCGAGAGUAUAUGUAAUAAUUAUGACAAUAUAUUGUAUUACACAUGAUGUAGUGGGCUCAGGAUGCAUAUUGCUGUAAAAUAUAUUCAUUGUGUUAAUACUACCUAA